AUGGCAGGAAGACGAGUAAAUGAUGCACUUCAGUGGUAUAUGUCUGAAGUCUCUUCACGAGUGGUUGCUGAAACUGGUAUACCCAGCGAUAGAUUUCAUCUUGGAAAAAUUAUCCUUCAAUGUUUGAGAGAUUAUCCUGAAGCUGUUUUGCAGAUCGAUGCAGCAACUGGUGAAUCAGAUACUAAUGCUUCCAUGUUAGAGAAAUCUGUGAAAUGUGCUACAUGUUUUCGAAGUCUGGACUUGGUACCAGGAGAUGUAAUAGUAUUGAUGGCUCCAAAUCACAUUGCCCUUUCUGUACCUUUUUAUGCAGCUCUGUACACAGGAGUCAUUAUUGCAGUCGUUGACAGGAUGUUAGAAGUUAGGGAGCUGCAAGAUACUUUCAAUAUAAAUGAACCAAAAAUAAUAUUUUGUCAAAGUGAAAAGGCACCCGACAUACAAGUAGCUCUCAACGAGAUCGACCAUACUGCUACAAUUGUCACAUUCGACAAAGGGGAUUAUCUCUGUGACCUAACCGAGUUUAUAGAGAAAUUUGCUUAUGAAAUACCUAUUGAAGAGUUUAAAGCUACAGAUUUUGACGCUGAAAACUCAACAGCUGUCUUGAUAUCCACCAGCGGGACAACUGGAAUGCCCAAAGCUGCAGAAGUUACUUAUAAAAACUUUGCAAUAGCUGCACCGUUGUUCUGGUCUCGAUAUACGACAUUUCCAGGGCCAAUUUCUAUGACUUUAGUUGGAUCUCCCUUGCAAUGGCUAACAGCAAUUGCUACUUUUAUAGCAUCACCUAUUUUAAAAAUUACAAGAUUGCAGUCGUCAAUACCACUUACUCGAGAAUAUACUUACGAUCUAAUCAAUACUUAUAAGCCUAAUUUUACAGUUUUUAGUCCGACCUUUAUGGCAACUUUAAUCAAGGAGGAAGUUGGGAAAAACUGUGACUUUUCCUGCUUUGAUACUAUAAUUUUAGGAGGCAGUGCAGUACCUCUAGAACUAAUAGAAGAUAUACGGAAUAUUACUCCAAACACCGACGUACUAAAUGCUUAUGGUAUGAGUGAGACGGCAGGAAUUGCAUUCUGCGGGGAUAUGUCAGUUCCUGCAUCGUGCGGGCAACGUUUGAAUUGUUAUGAAUAUCGAUUAAUAGAUAUUGAUACACAAGAAGACAUUUGUGACCCGAAUGUACAAGGGGAAUUGUGGAUAAGAGGACCGAGUGUCUUCAAGGGAUAUUAUAAAAAUAGUGCUGCAACAGAAGCUACGUUUGCUGAUGGUGAAUGGUUAAAAACAGGCGAUAUGUUCUAUAGAGAUGAGAACUGGUACUUCUAUUUCGUGGAACGAAUAAAACUACUUUUAAAAUAUAAAAGCAAUCAAAUUUCACCAGUAGAAAUUGAGAAUGUGAUCCGGCAACAUCCUGGUGUUCAAGACGUUGCAGUCACUGGUAUUGAGGACCCUGAGUGUGGGGAUCUGCCUGUCGCUUGCGUUGUAAUUAGAGAGGGACAUGAAGUAACAGCGGAUGAGAUAAAACAAUUAGUUAAAGAUAAUCUCUCAGACUCCAAACAACUCAGAGGUGGUGUUAUAUUCUUAAACAGCAUCCCCUUGACAGCCUCGACUAAAAUACAUAGAAGAAUGUUAAAAGACAUAGCGAAUAAUUUCGAAAGACAAUAG